CCACCCCGACGCCAACCCCAACAACAUUUUUGUCACUAUUCUUUUUCAAUUCUUCAUCUUUCUGCAGUUUCUUGUAGGAUCAAGAGGGGUUCAUUUUCAUUUUCUUGAAGAAGUUCAAGUUAAAAAGCUAUCUUUACACCCCUUUUUAAGUUCUUGGUUUUGGGUGAACUUGCUCAGUAUCUGAGUAGACUUUUCCUUGGAAAAUGUAUAGAGGCAAUGGCACUCACACUGAACUUCCUAUUUUCGUGGAUGCGAAUGGUUUCCAGUAUCCUCCUAGUGCACCAAAUCAACUUCAAUUAUUCGGAAGCUUGCCACUUGGAUCCACUGCUGAUCCUGUAAAUUAUUUUGUAAAUGAGCAUGCUACGCCCAUGAUUCGGCAUAAUCAAGGCAGGGAAGCAGGUGUUUCCAGGCAGCAAAAGCUUCAAUUUUCCUUGAAUCAUAAUUUGGUUCAUGAUGACACUGAACGGCCAGCAAAUGUUCCUGCCCAAAAUCCUGUAUCUACUGGUUUAAAGCUAUCAUAUGAUGACGAUGAACCCAACUCUUCUGUCUCUUCUGCAAGUGGAAGUAUCAAUGCAUCAGCAUCAGUUAUAAUGUCUCUUGGUGACAACAUUAAAACAGAAAUGGAACGCCAGAAGAAAGAAUUUGAUCAGUAUCUUAAGACUCAGGAAGAAACUUGGGCUAGAGGUGUUAGAGACAUAAAGCAGAGACAUAUGGCUUCGUUACUGAGUGCAGUCGAGAAGAAUGUUGGCACUAAGUUGCAAGAGAAGGAUAUUGAGUUAGAGAACAUAAAUCGAAAGAACAGAGAACUAGUUGAACGGAUGAAGCAAGUUACAGCUGAGGCGCAAAAUUGGUGUUACAGAGCCAAGUGUAACGAAUCUUUAGUCAACACAUUAAAAACGAACCUUCAGCAAGCGAUGCAAUCUGCUGAACAAGGAAAAGAAGGGAUGGGAGACAAUGAGCUAGAUGAUGCUGCAUCCUACAUUGAUCCAAACAAUAGGCUCAGCAAUAUCCCUAGUGGUUCUGGUAAGUGUACGUCGACGAAAAAGGGGAUUAUCUGCAAGGUAUGCAAAUUAAAGGAGGUAUCCGUCUUAUUGAUGCCUUGUAGACACUUGUGUUUGUGUAAAGAUUGUGAAGGAUUAGUUAGUGUAUGUCCUAUCUGCCAGUUGAUGACAACUGCUAGUGUUGAAGUGUUCUUGUCUUGAAAUAUGAGCAAAAAUAAGACUAAGGCACAAAAAAUAAUCUCGUACAGAUUUUAGAUAAUUGUUGUGGAUUUAUUGUAUAGAAGCAACUUCUUGAAAUUGGAGUUAACUGUCAUGGUUCUUCUUGAUGCUUCAUUAGAUUAA